AUGGCGUAUGACCUUGCGUAUCCCUUGGAGCAUGGUACGACGACCAGCGGCCUCGCCCGGGUCGAUGAACUCCACAUGGAUGCUAGCACCGGACGGAUCCAGAUCGGGAUGUUCGAGGAUCUGACAAAUGACUUCUCGGGCUCGGAGUGCGAGACACAAGUCGUCGAACUGCGACUUCACUUCAAGUUCACUCAACAAGUACCAGACCAGACGGUCUCCGUCUUCGCAGCGACUUACACCCUGACAACCCUAUGUUGCGUCCUAGGGCCGCUGUCAACGAUCUCUACAAACGCCUGGGUCAGACUCUUGGCCCUAUGGACUCUGUUAACCACCUACUGGAUUUCGCUGUGCUGGAUUCCAAGAUUCGACGAUUCUGUGCCGAGCUCACGAAGGACAGCACAAAGUUUAGCCAAACUCUAUAGCCAGAAGGUCGGAUUCUCCGUGAUAAAUGCAUCAAAACAGGAAGUGCCUAUCGCUCGGGAAUACUUCUGCAAGCUUCCAGCGGAAUCCCAGGCCAUACCCAACAGUCUUAUCCAGGAGAUCCUAGACAGCUUUGUCAAAAAUCCCUACGAAAACGGCGAAUCGCAGAAGGGAGUCGAGGUCGGAGUCUUCAUCAUUCGGAAGUCUCUGAAGGAUUGGGGCGGCCAAGCAGUCGGAUUUAAGAACAUCCGUAGGAUGGAGCCGCUCGACGGCUUUCACUACCGCCUCACUGUCGAGACUACGUGGCCUGAUCGCGACCGACAGGCUCCGCUUUCCUCGAAUCCGACCCCGGCAAUACCAUCCUUUGAUCUAGAUUGGCAGCUUCCUGCGGCGACUGGAGUUAAGCGCAACGCGUUGGAGGCUAAAGAUAUCAUAACGGCCGAAAUCCGCACACAAGACAUAAGGGACUAG